AUGACAACCACAAGCAUCCACUUCAACCCUGUCCGCGACAUCCCCUCCUUGGCCGGCAAAGUGAUCCUCAUCACCGGCGCCAACAGCGGACUCGGUAAGCAAUCUGCACUCGAGCUAGCGAAGCACAACCCAGCGCAGAUCUGGAUGGCUGCACGAAAUCUCGAGAAAGGCAACGAAGCCGUUGCGGAGGUCAAACGCCAGAUCCCUGCCGCGGCGGUCAGCUUCUUGGAGCUGGACUUGAGUUCUUUCGAAUCGAUCAAAAAGGCCGCGAAGACGACGAUCGCGCAGUCGGACAGGCUGGAUGUUUUGAUGCUAAAUGCUGGAUUGAUGGGCUGCCCACCCGCGCAAAGCAAAGAAGGCUACGAGAUGCAAAUGGGCACGAACCACGUCGGCCACGCUCUCCUAUUGAAACUCCUGACACCACUGCUUCUAAAAACAGCAACCACCCACCCCGUCCGCGUGGUUAGCCUUGCAUCCUCAGCGUGGAAAUACGCCGGGCCAGAGAAGAUCCAGUUCUCCACACUCAAGACUCUUGAAGGUGUGACCCCAGUGAACCGGUACAUCCAAAGCAAGACGGCGAACAUGUUGUACGCGCAGGAAUUCGCACGACACUAUCCGCAGCUGACGACCGUGUCGAUUGAUCCUGGCGAGGUUGAUACCCAGCUCUUCUCGCGCGAGCCGGGUGAUGAGCAGAUGGUGCAUUUGCAGACUGUGGUGGCGCCGGCGAGGGUUCGGCCGGUUGAGGAGGGGGUCAAGAAUCAGUUGUGGGCGGCGACGGCGGAGGAGGGUGUCACGAGUGGAUCGCAUUAUGCACCCAUCGGGGUUGCUGAGCAGUCGGGUCUGGUUCUUGAUAAGGACUUGGCGCGGCAGCUGUGGGAGUGGACGGCGAAGGAAUUGGAUGGGCAGGGGAUUUGA